AUGGGGACGUGGGAGAAACAUAGUUUUCUAGGGUCUGGAUCAUAUGGACAAGUCCACUUGGCCGUUCUUAAACCCGCCCGAAAAAUGGAGAUGGCGGUGAAGUCCGCUGCUAUCCAGGACUCAAGCUCCCUAGAACGGGAAGGGGUGUUUUUAGAUGCCCUCAGAGACUGCCCCUUCAUCGUUCGAUGCUUUGGGGAAGACGUAAGUGUGGAGCAUGGACAACAUGUGUACAACCUUCUGCUAGAAUACGCUUCAGGAGGAACUCUCCAUCAACUGAUUAGGACUACCGGGGAGAUACCGGAGGUUCUGGCUAAAAUUUUCAUUUACCAGCUUCUUAAAGGUAUCCAUUACAUGCACACCCUGGGAAUCAUCCACUGCGACUUGAAGCCCGGCAACGUUCUUCUCUUCCCCGGAAAGUUCCACGGCUUGAAGCGCCUCAAGCUCUGCGACUUCGGGCUGGCCAAGUUUUUCGACGAGAAGAAUGUUUACGGCGAUUCGCAUCGCGGGACAUUACGGUACACGCCGCCGGAGUGUGUAGCCGGGAAAUCGUACACGGCGGCGAAGGAUAUCUGGGCACUAGGCUGCAUCUUCGUGGAGAUGGUCACCGGGAAACCCAUGUGGCAAUUUGGGAACAAAAAAGAGUUAGCCAUGAAAAUAGCGUCUACAAAUCCAGAAAUACCAGAGGAUCUCUCCCCAGGGGCCAAGAGUUUCUUGAAAAUGUGUUUAGCGAGAGACCCGUGGCGAAGAUGGACUGCGGAGAUGUUGCUGGGUCACCGAUUUUUUGAGAGAUUGGGUGUUCCUAAAAGCAAGGAAGAUGAAGGGUUUGUGAACCCUUUGGGGCCUUGGCGGUGGAGUUCCGGUAGAGAUCUGUUCACAGUGCCAUCGUUUACUUAUAUUGUGGAAAAUGUUGUGUCCCCGGAGGAGGAGGAGAAUGAGAAAGAGAAAGAAGUUGACGGAAGCGGGAGUGUAAUGUUUUCAAGAUCAUCUUCAUUAGUUGGUCUCGGUGUGGCUUUCGAGAAAGCAUGGCUAACAUGGAAGAAAGAAGGAGAAGAGAACAAACUUUUGGAUUGA